GUCAUCAUUGUCAAUGUGAUAAGCGAACGCGACAGAAGCGAAAGUACCUUCAGUUUUUGAUCAUGUUCUAGCUGAGAAGUUUUGUGCGUGCGUGCGUGCGAGUACGAUAAAUUCCUGCAGGAUUAAACCGACGAGUAUACGCGAUUCCCGCAUAUCAGCUAUUAGUAGCGUGCAAGGCUCGCCGUACCGCGUGUGUUUGCUGGAAACUGGAAUUGAAUAAUUCAGCAGUGGAGAACGAUUUCUCUGAAAGCAGUCCUCUCGAUGGAAAAUUGAUGAAAACCUUAAGUGGUGGAAAAAUUAUAGGUCACUCACAUUCUCACGUUUCGUAUAGUCUCACCCUUUCUGACAUUAGUCUGGAUGCUCUAGUUCGAUGUAGCCCCUUCUCAUUCGAACCACCCAGAGCAAGGAUAUUCCAAACGAAUCUUACUGUGUUCCUUCCGUACGAUAUCGAUUAUUUCACUCGUAAUAAUCGUGGCGAGCGUUUUUAGCGUGCUUUAAUACUUGCCAGCAGCAUGUGAUCAGUUUUCGGAAACCGGACCAGUUUUAUACACGGUGAUGGGGGUGUGCCCCCUGACGGGAGAUGCAACCACCCCAACGUUACAUACCGUCAGUUUCUGAUUUAUAUGGUACAGACGAAAUAGAGUUCCUACUGGACGAAAUACGGGAUCUCGAGCCGGCCUGCUGUCAGCUAGAGGACAUUCAAGAUUUUGAGAUAGCUGGCAGCAGAGCGGGAGAGCUAUCGAUCUCACUCGAAUCGCCUCUUGGCACCUGUACGUCCUGGGACUCGCACGCACAUUACCGUCAAAGGAUAGGGAACACACCGUUACCGUGGGGCGUUGCACUGCACUGCGACGCCUCACAUCUGACCAGUCCCACUGGGAUCGUGAGGAUACUACUGGUGAUAUCAUCGGCAGCAUGCCUCGCCUGUGAAUGCUCGGCUGGUACCGUGCAGGUCGGAUUGUUUUUACUGCCAUUGAUUGGACGACUAAGGUUGAUGGUAUUUUGCGCUCUGUUUUCGUUGUUGAUAACUUGUUUGAUGUUAUUCCUGGAUAUAUCACAUAUAGCAUUGAUGUUUCCUUUCAACUGGGGAAAAUUGAAUGCAUGGAUGUACCUGACAAUCGGUUUAUUAUUCCUUGUUGGCUCAUCGCUACUAAUCCACAUGGUGUUUUUCGCUGAGGAAUUCAUGUGGGUGCCAAAGCACACAAAAGACACACUGUUCAUAUCAGCAAUACUUGGUUAUGUAUGUUCCAUCGAAGCUGCGAUCAUAGCUGCUCUCACGAGAUGUCCCUCCCAGUACCGACAUGUGAUUGACGAUUACAGUGACAUGUGCUUGGAAGAGCGUGAACUGAGUCCUAUUUGUAGUCACGAGCUAACUAAUAACGUAAAUAACGCUACCACUGACAUCAAUAACGCAACUGCUGCUAGCGUCAACGAACUAUCGAAUCACCGAAAUUAUAACAACAAAGUCGAUGCGGGUGAUAGUACGAUACCAACGUGCAAUCAGAAACCUUAUAUACCAGUGAAACGUCCCGACCAAUCAUAUAAUCAACGCCCUACCUUAGGUAAUAUGCAAAAAUCAAAUCAUCGUAAUCGUCAGGGUUACCACUACCAACCAAUAGCCUCAACGUCACGGCAAAGUCCCACAUUCGUCCUGGAUGACGAAGCCAUUCCGGGGCCCUCAAAUCGAUCCCCUGACUAUUCUAGCGCGUGAUAAUGGAGGCACUUGUCCACAGUUAUGGAUGUGUUUUAUUUCUUAUCGAUAAAUAAAACGUUCUUCAAAACUUACCUAGCUGUACUUUGAAUAUGCGAUUUCAGUAUAGUGUCGCAGGAAAAUUCACAGAGCUAGAUAUAUUUUUCGAAACUUGUCACAUUUGUUGAAGUCUUCUAAAGAACGACAAACGAGACAGAUUACCGUGCUGCGUAUGUCCUCGCGUAGGUUUAAUUUAGUUUAAUUUACAUGUUUAUUUCCGCUAGGGACACGAAACAAAAAAGGUUCUAAAAUUAAAAUGAAGGAAAACCAUAGCUUUGAACGAAGCGAUCGGUAUAUAAUGUAUUGAACAAAUCAAGUCCCUUUUGUACAUACCAAAAUUUUCUAUUAGAAUCAUUAGCGUUCACAGAGAACGAACAAAAGUCGGUAGUAAAGCCGAGGUAGGAGAAGUAGGAGAAUGAAACAAUAAAAAGUAUAAAUUAUAUUAAUUUAGCAAACCAAAAGAUUUCGUCAAGUAAUAAAUUGAUCAUUCAAAAGUAAUAAAAGUAAGCAAAAGUGUAACCAAUUUUGGAUAACCAGUUAUUUAAAGUAAAUUGUGAAGAAACAUAGAAACGGUAUAAUUUCGUAAAGCAUUUAUAUUAUAUAAACAGACUAGUAACAGGUUUUUAAAAAUUAUAACGAUGUAGAUACUAUAGAUAAGAUCGAUUUACGCCUGCAAAAAUCAUUGGCUAAGCGAAACAUACAAUAAAACGGCGUUUGCAUGUUGGUAAUUGUGAACGCAAAAAAAAAACGAAAUCUGUCGGACAUGACAUAAGUUGAAUAACUUUUUCGACUUCACUUAGCCUUUAAGAUGCAAGAAUGAAUUUGAUUUCAUUUUUAAUAAUUUGGCUGAGUGAAUUUCCUCAGUUGUACUAUUUUGAAUAAUGCAAUUUUUUCUUGUUGUUGAUCUCAAACAAUGUUAUGACAUGAUUUUCCUUUUGACUGGCACAGUGGGUUAAUAAGCUGCUAUUCCUUUUUGUCACAAAAAAAUAGUUCGACUAAUGAAAUUUGUCAUGCUGGAAUGAAUUCAUCAGAAUUGUUAAAGAUAAAAUUCGACCGCGCUUCGAAAAAAUAAACAAACUUCAGUUUAUACGCUUAAUAAUGCACCAAAAAGAAUCACCAUUGAACUGGUCUGUUAUGGUACUGAAUGCGUGAAGAUUAACACGAAUCAAACGAACUUCGAAAUUCAAAAAAUAAGGAAUAUAAAUCUAUGAACCAGUAUACAAAAGUUCAGAACUGGAGCUUAAAUACGCGUUGGUUGCACACUAAUGCAAGCAUGAUAUUGAUCAACUUUGUACUAGGCGUGUAGCAAUUCCCAACCCCGCACAAAGGUCUAGAAAAUUUUGCUGACUCGGAGGCGAAUGACUAGAAGAUUAAAGCCUAUUGGAAAUCUAACGCAAAACUUAUUUAACCUUACGCGCCCUCUACGUUUCAUUGUUAGGAUGACGAUUGAAUUUUACAUGGGUUCUUAAGAGGAACUCAUAUAGUUUCAAUUAUAUUGUAGAAUUUUAGGAUCUGUUACAAGAACUGGAUUUCAUUUGGAAAUGCAAGAAAAUAAUUUUCUUGUAUUUCGUGUAAUCUAUUUUAAUUUUAUAAGUUCUCUAUUGACUUUUAUUGACAUUACUCAAACACUCUAUUGACAUUACUCAAACACUCGUAACCCACUACAUUUUGUCGAGCCGCAUCUGUCCGGUAAUCUGCCCGUUUUAUUUUAUUGGGAUUAGGUAAAAUGCAUCGCUUGAUUUUCCAACCCGUUCACUGAAAUGUUUAGUAAAGGAAAAUGACAAGUCAUUGAAUUUUUCAGUGACGUUUUGACAAUUAAGAAUUGAAGAUCGUUCUGCAAAAUUUCAGCUUGAACUGUUCGAGUUGGUUUCCAUGUAUCUGUAACCAUACAGCUGACAUUCAUGAACCCGCGUCCAAACAACAAGCAUGUCUAUUAGCAGGGGGUGAUUUACUCUAAGCUUUGUCUAAUCCCGAUUUCUAACAAUAAAGGUUUAGCUGACGACACGACCAGGCACUCCGAAGAAAAAUCAGCAUUAAAACUGUUCGCUAACGAUUCACCGCCAGUUACCAUAAAUCUAGCGACCCCUUGUAAAUGAUAAAAAUAAUCUUCUCGAGCAACACUGUUUAAGUUGCUAUGGACUAGUUACCAAGGAACCCCAAAACAAAUAAACAUGUUUUGAAAGCGGUGGAAUAGUUCUAUUAGUAUUAAACUUUGUCCAAAUUAAGCAGAAAUGCAUUUAAAUGGACUCGAUUUUCGGAAUUUAAUCGAAACUAUGGAUGAAACCAACGAACGAGGACAAUGAUCUGCUUCCAGCGAUUCAUCCGUACACUUCAACUGCUAGCUUUUCUGGGCAGUAGGAUUCGGUGUAAUAUGCCGGUGUCAAAAUUGUUUUGUGUCGGUUGAUUGCGCAGCAGUGGAAACAGUAUUUCACUUUGUUGGCCACUAUUCGAGGAUUACUAGUGGAAUUCCACGAAGAAAUCAUUUUACCGUACGUUAUGCAGGUACCGCAGAGCACUAGCUUCGCUCAGCUCGUUGUCGGUCAUUUCCAUGUCUUCCUUCUCACACAACGGUUCCAAGUCAAGACCUGAAUUUUGAACUUGGCUUUAUAAAAGACAUAACUCAUACUCCUCAAUUUUUACAUUCCGCUCGAGUCAGGUAAAUCCAUGAAAAUGUUCCGUAAUAUAAUAACCGAUCUGAAAUUUAUUUUGUUUACAUUAAUCUUGCCUUCGAUAUGCAGUAACCAAGGUUAUGGUGACUGUGAUUCAAAAUCAAUAAAUAUAUCAACUUGUGCUGCCAGUUUAAAAAAAUUCACUAGCGUUUUCGAUUUGACAUUUCCAGUUACUGAGGGGUAGUUAAAUUUACGAUACAGUUUUGAUAGACGAGUGGCAGGUCGUGUCGUCGGUUUAGCAGCUUUGUGAACAGUUGGAAGGAAUUGUGUGGUAUGAGCUGGUUUAGAAAAGUCCAAAAAGGAUGAUCAGGUUUAUGGUAGUUUAAAUGGGAUUGUAAAGGAUUAGAUGAGAUGGUUUCAGAUAUAUUAGUCUGAGGUUUUCCAGAGCUUAGAGUCUUCUCCAUUCUUGUCGAUUCUUGUAAGCUUGUAAAAAUUCCCGGGCAAGCAAGAAAACUCAAUUCAAACCAUAAUUUUCAAUCCAUUCUUUCUAAUAAUUCCAUCGAUCAUUUCGAGCAAUCCGGCUACCAUUUAUAUGUCAUAUUUUCUCCAACUUAUUUUGGCACAACAUUUAUGUUUUGUUUUGAUUCCUCCGAGCACUCACGUCGUUUUUCUUUUUUAAUUUUUGAUUUUCAAACUGCUUGAAAUUAUGACAGCAACACUGGUAAAGUAUAAAUUCCAAGCAGUUACAAUUUUCCAAAAUCGCACUUAUUCCACAUUUCUCUUCAUUAUUCAUCAAGACAGCUGUCGUUCUAACUCAAUCCCAAUUAUUCCAAUAAUUGGCAGAAUUAUUCUAGCAUCAAGUCUCGGAGUGUGGAAUUUGCGUUUGUCAAAUAAUAAUAUAAUUAUGUUUUAUGAUCCCUUGCCAUGCAAAACUGUGACCUAUUUUUUAAAUUUUGCAUUGAGAAUUGAAUCGGAUAAUGUGGUGUUACCCGGAAGUUUUUCAAUCAAGUGAGAUAAGGCACAAAUCACAGAAAACAGACAUGUGGAAUCGUAUGUGAAAUGAGUGUAACAAUUUGAAUGAACUGCUUGGCGAGCACUUGCAAGUGUCGCUGUGAUCGCAACUAUGUUAAAUGCUGCAGUCCUAUCACGAUAAAUUUUUGUUUUGGGGCAGGUUGGCAGUCUUUGCAUUGCAACGGUCAUAUUUCACCAAAAAAUCAAAUUUAUGAGUUUUUAUAGAGUUUAUUAUGCACAAUAAACAAAAUAAUAGUAACCAAUAAAGCAAUUGAUGAAGAAAAGUCUCGAGUAAAGCUUACUACGAUUGACGACAUAUUUUGCCAUGUUAUUUUUUGUAUUACAGACGAUAGAGCAUGGAAACGAAAAAUAAUAAAAACUAGUCCAAUUUGGUGAAAUUUGUUUUCUAUGUGCUCAAAUACUUGAAGUCAGUAACCUAAUGUCAAGACAUCGGUACAGGUAUCAAUGUAAAACUGGAAAACAAUGUUUACAUGAUUCACAGAAUAAAUUAACGACAGUGAUAAUACUCGUUUUCUUAUGUCGCUUUUGCUUGACGCCAAACCUAACCAAGUUUCCAUCCUAACUGCUGUCAAACCGUUUGUUUGAAGCCGGUUUCGAACCUGGUUUUUAUAUCGGGGUUGCUAGGUGCGAAUCGAACACAGUUUCGUGAAAAGUGUUUGUUUGAUGAAACUACCCUGGGUCAAUUUCAGUGUUCUAAAGCGAAAACGACAUUAGUAUGCUAGAUUAUCUAUGCUGAUAGCAUGCGAAUAGAAGUGUGUUCUUGAAAGUAAGAAGAACUUUGGAGCUUCCUAAAAGCCUAAGCCCAACGUUAUAUAAUUAGAAAGCUGUGCGGCAUUGUUUCUAGAUUGCUUUUCUAAAAUGUAGGGAUUUUUUUUAAAUCAAACUGUUUGAGAACAACAUGGUUCUACUUAAAGGAUUCCUGUAGUAUAUCUGUAUCUCAUAGAUUAGUAGUCAAAGGAAACGCUUCAAUACUUCCUAUUCAAGUAAUAUAUGCCUCAUCCGUCCCAGUGAAAACACUUUUAUAAAAUCAUUAUUAGUUUAGUUGGUAUUUUUGUCGAUAUUCAAAAUAUUCCACCAGAACAAGCUAAAGUACGUAACUGAGUCAGUUUUAGAGUAUUUUGUAUGCCGUCCAUAUUGAGAGCGUUAAGCGUGAAUGUAACAAACAGAAGAAAAGUAAAUAAUGAAUUCAAAGCACAGACUAACAGACAGGACACUCAAAUUAGAUUCUUCAAUCAUUUUAACUGUCAUUUCGAAUAUUCCUUUAUUUGGGACAGUACUCACAUGUGUCAUGAUGGCGCCACGUUACCCUAUCAAAAACAUCCUGUCUGUCAUCUAGACUGUGUUUAUUUUUUUCAUUUACCAACGGAGUUGCCAUUUAUACAGAAUUACCUGUAAUGUAUUGAUAUGUAUUUGCAUUUGUAUGCGAAUUUCAUGCAGGAUACAGAUUUAAUACAUAUUGCCAAAACUAUAUACAAAAUUGUGCCUACCUCUCAUCCUUCAACGCAAUACAAAAUCGAACCCGUUUAGUGGCAAUAUUUACUUGCUUCUGAUCUGCCGCCACUUAAUUUCGGGUGAAAAUUACCAACACAAUAAAAAAUAGUCUAGAUGAACAAUGUUGAGAAAAAUAAAUGGUUACCUUCCAACAUCGCUAAAAAGUUUAAUAUAUUAUUAACGUAAUAUAAUAAUUUACUGUGACGAUUCAUUUCCAAAUAUUAUGAUGCAAUCAGGCAUCCCUGCAAGCAGCUGAUCGGUGUUGACAAACGAGGGGGAACCAACUAGUAAAUUAACUUUUACAUAACACAAGGGGUGUACCGAUAGUAAAUAGUUCGCGCAGUAUAAUAUAGGUGGAACUAGUGCAUCACGAAAAAUUAUUUUUUAUAAGAAUUUACUCAUACUGUCAUGUCUGUUAGUCUGUGUUCAAAGUUCGGAACAGACGAUUCGUCUGAUCUGCCCACUGCUUAUCCCAUCAUACAAAGUUUAAUUGGGAAAUGGAGCACAUCGAUUGGUUGGACAAUAAAUAGGCUUCGUACUGUUCUUGAUAUCUUAAAUUUGUGUAAUACUGAUUUAAUUUUGAAAAUGUCGACAUAAAUGACAAUAAAUAGAUUGCAGAAAAUGGAAAAUGCUGCCAUGCUUAACAAGCCCACUGUGCUGUUUUGGUUCGAAGAAAGCAUGUGAAUGCACAUACCUAAAGACUCGAUAUAUGACAUUUAUCUAGAAGAAAAACAAAAUACUUUUUAGUUACUCCAUUUCAUAAACAACCAAAUAGUAUUAAGAAGAUCCCGAACGAGUGUUUCUACCUAUUCAAACGGAUAGUAUUACUUUUACAAGUUAUAUUUUUCCUAAUUGUAUUAACUCUUUGCUAACAAUCCCUUACAUGGAUCCAUGUUUAAUAUCACUGGCUUUGCAACAGUUGAAAAUGCGAAGUUUACUAACUACUGAGAUGGGUUUCGCAUGCUUUUUUAUUGUCUUGGGUGCAAAAUGCUAAUCGAUACAACCAUUCCUCAGGAACAGUUCGAUCACAACAUCAUACGAUUUUACAAUCAAAUGCACUAAAUCCAUUUCAACUAGACAGCAAAGUAAAUGUCUUGAAAGUGGCGGUUAACACCGUGCGGGAACUGCCUUCAAAACGCACAAUGGCUUAUUUUAUGAUCUGUAAAUUAUGAAGAACCUUGACCUAAAAUGGCACUGUUGCGGUAAUCUGAUAGUUACUGCACAAUCCAUCUAUUGUUAGUAAAUUUUGCAAGUGAAGUUAGGUACCAUUUAAGAAUAUCAUUUUCCGACAUGCGGAAUAUAUUUUCAUUGUUUCUUGAGGUCAGUGCAUUUUCCCUUUGCCGCAAACAGAAAUAUUUAAAAAAAAGAAGGCUUUAACACGAAAGUGACGAAUGAUUAGUAAAUUAGAAGUAUAAUGGUACAUUCUAGCAUACAAAAUGCCGUUCGUUUCGUCGAAGAAAACAUUAACAGAACGGUAAAUUAGUUUUGGCGAGCACCUACUCUAUGGAUGUAAAUAUAGGUUUUAGAUAGAUUUGAAGAAGGUUGUAGAAGAAUUUAUAUGACUUCAAGAAAAAAAAUAACAUACCAAUAAAUAGAAAGAACUACUGCCAAAGAAUUAUCCUGAAACGAUAGUCGUCUUUAGUGAUAGUAAUGAAAAUUGUAAGCAACAACCAACAAAACAAACAUGAUUUUAUCAAAAACUCAACUGUAGCAUUUACUAGUAUUAAUACUAAACCUUGAUUUAUUCUAUGUUAUGUCUAGACAUUAUUUUAUAUUCGCUGACGAAAAUCCCAAAUCGUAACGCAAAUCCAAUUUGCUUUUGGCACUGGCACAAACUUCUUCAAAAUAUUUUGAUAUAGUUUUGCAUCAAAUAAAUUUGCGUAAGAGAACAACGGAAAGACAAACAUUGAAUUAUCGUUUCACAAAGAAGAAAGAAGAAAAAACGAAUAUUUAAUGAGAAUCUAAGCAGACCUAAAAUCCAUUUUAUAUACCAUGAUUUUACAGGGUACUGAAAAAAUUCCGUUUCAAAUGUGAUUUGAACAUUUAUACUACUGUAAGUAAAUAAAACCGAAAAUCAUUAGAAAUCGAUCAUAUUUACGGUUGAUAGGAAAAACACACGCGUUAUUUAUUCGAACUAUAGUGAUGGACGAAUAGUAAAGCGACAAUUUGAAAACAGGAAACCAGUUCAAUAUUUAAACAUUAUAAGGUUUUGACAAACGGUGUAGAUAGAAUUGUUAUAUAUGAAAUGAAGACAGUAUCGUACUUGAAUAAACAAUACGAACGACGACAUUGACGAACGAUAAGUGUUUGUUGCAAAAUCAAAAACCUAAUUGUAUAAAAGAGGGUCAUUUCAUGCAAGCUUGUGAUGGAAACAAACAAAUGAAUACGAUUUUAGUAAGAACAAGGUUGGCAUCGAUACACUGCAAUUGUUUCAGCAUUAUAAUGAAAAUAGGCUUUCUUUUCCCCUUGUCCAUUCCAUUCCGAACUGUCGAUAUUCCCUAGAAAGUGCAAGUGCUAUCAAAUCUGUACAGUUCUUUUCUCCCAUUGUUAAUAGAUUCCAUCUGAUACUUUCAAAAAAAAAAGUAAUAAUAGUGUAAAGUGCCUGAUUUAGACAAUAUUGUCGCUCCAAAGCCCUGAAAUUUAUUCUGCUACUUUCCAAUUUGCACAGUAUUCAAACACAAAUGAUCUCCAUAUAAGUCUAUAGUACUCACUCGAUAGGCACAAGCUUUCUAGGUAAUAUUUUAUCAUUUGAUAAUUUAAAAUAUAAUAUAGCAGAUUUUCCUUCCUUCACAAUCAAUCUUAUAAAGCAUCACACCCCAAAUGAAUAACUUUAUCACUUGCUCCAUUAGAUAUCACUUACAUAGGAAGAUGAUCACACCAUUUGGCUCACGUGUUAAAUAACCGGAAUCGAAAUCGAAAUCGAAAUUUUGAACGGAACAAAGUUCACGGUAGUGUGUAAACGGAGGUGUUAACAAAAACAAACGUAUAGCAGAAAUAUUUUAACUUAAAAGAGCAAACAAACGAAACAAAAUCAUUGUAAAAAUAGACAAUUCAACAUUCCCAAAAUAAAUGUUGUUUCAUUUAAUAA